UUUUUCUGGCUAACUUUGAAGCGAGAGUUUCUCCCCUAAGGUUUUGUAUCUCUUUUUUUUAUGUUCGGGAAAAGGAAGGAAAAAAAGCACAAAAACACUACGGCACCUAUUACUUCUGGGCCUAUAGACACCAAAGAAAGGAAAGAUAAAGAGGAAGACCAAAGAGUUGAUGAUACACCCAACACCGAUCUCCUGCUUCAGCAGAUGUGCGAAGAAAGCAACUUGACUGGAGCAUCUGCUGCCAGUAUAUUUGCUUUACCCGCUAGCACGAAAAAGGAGAUAAUCGAGACUUACAAGAAACAGCAAAGCAUAAAGAAAAAAACUGGACAGGAUCAUGCCGAACCUUCAACCUUAGUUGACGAGUUGAAAGAUGCUGUUAUCAAUAAAAAACCAGACACAAUUCUAGAAAAAUUGUCGUUUACUGCGGCACUUUUAAGAUCAAAGGAACUUGCUUGGGUUAAAAACUUUGCUGAGUGUAACGGUCUUCAUGUCUUGUGUAGCACGCUUCAGCAUGUUUUUCAAAGCCAAGACGUCGAUUUCGUAAUGCCUGCAGUACGAGACUCAGUGACUUGUCUCAAAAGUUUUAUGAAUAACAAAUAUGGUCUUGAGAAAGUUAUUGAGUGUCCGGGUAACCAAGCCCUGCAGUUGCUUGCAAUGACUCUGUCUUACCAGAGCAUGCAGGUGGUCCCCAUUGUACUGGAUCUACUGUCAGCGAUGUGUUUGUUUUCCAGUCGAAGCUAUUCUCUUGUACUGGAUGCAAUGACUCAUCUUAGCAAGCGUCUUCGCGAGCCCUGCCGUUUUUUUGUCCUCGUCCGAAUGAUGAAGGAAGUCGUUAACCUGCUAGCAGAGCAAUUCGAUGCUGAUGAAGGAACUGCAAGUCAAUAUAAUUCCUCCUCCAUAAUCUUUUUGACGUCUUGCGUAAUAUUCUUAAACCAACUGCUCAGUUGUGAGGAUUUUGAAUUGCGCAUGCAACUUCGCUGUGAAUUAACCAAUUUAGCCGUGGAUCCUUCUCUGAAAAAAAUCAGUGAUCUUGGACAUUGCCUCAGCGGAAAGGAUGGCAGAGGGGAUAUUCUACUUGCCCACGUAGCCACCUACAGAACCAAUUUGAACGACGAUCUAGCUGAGCUCUGCUCAAAAUUGGAUAUUGACGAAAUUGACUUGUCGAACCGCGAUGCGCUCUUUAGUGUGCUUAAAAAAAUCACAACGGAAAUUGGCGCUGAUAAAUACUUUUUGUCCAUUUUGCAGAAUUUAAUGCUUAUUCGAGAUGACCAUUCGGUUCGACCAAAAUAUUACCGGUUGAUCUCCCAAAUUAUGUCCAUCGUGGCUCAUCUGCCACGGCCGGGCGUUCCAGACACUAACCCUUUCGGCUUCGACGUUUACGAUUUAAUUGACUCUUAUGUCAGUAAAGAGCGACUGGCUGAAUUAAAGGAAUCCGUAAAGAACAUGACAAAGGCGCUGGAAAAUAUUAUAAAGUUGAAAAUUGACACGAAAAAAGAAUUGGAGCAUUCUAUAAAGGAGAUGGAGGAGAGACUGGAGAAUGUCAAAGUGGAGAUUGCAGAGGAACGCAAGCGGUGUAUUGAAAUCAGUGAGAAAAAAGACGAACAGCUCAGAAAGGACGCUGAGAAAGUUAAGGCUUCUGCCGAAAUGGUAGCUUCACAGACACAAGAGGUGGAACGUCUGAAGGCUAAGUUGAAAGAAGCUGGAUUUACCAUCGACUGGGGAACCGUGCCUGUCAUUAAAGAGGAGGACACAAGACUAGCAGUCUCCGCCGGGCACCAGAUUAUCGAGGGCGCGUCCUCCAGCGGUGUCCCGCCGCCACCACCGCCGCCCCCUCCUCCUGGAAUGGUGCCACCGCCGCCGCCGCCUCCAGGAUUGGGCGUACCGCCGCCGCCUCCUCCUCCCUCAAUGAAGGAGAAUGUGCCUCAGAAGAAAGUUUACAAGCCCAAGCAGCAAAUGAAGAGAGUGAACUGGAGCCAAAUUCCAUUUAUGCAGACGAAAGGCUCUUUUUGGCAAAGAGUUGAUGAAACACAAUGGGAAAGAAUUGUUAACUUUGAAGAGCUGGAGUCUCAGUUCUGUGCCAAGAAAAAAGUUCUUAAGGAAGUGGAGACCAAUCAGGCUGAAGCAAAGCCUGCGAAGAAAGAGGAAAUUGUUCUUAUCGAUCCAAAGAAAGCCUACAAUCUGUCUAUAUUUUUAGGAAGACUUAAGCUCUCUUGCGAGGAGUGCAAAAAAAAUUUUUUGGAGGUGAACGAAGAGAUUUUCGAUGAGCAAACUCUUUCGACUUUUGAGAAGUUCAAAGCGGACCCGGACGAGAAAAGGGCAUUGAAAGAGUUCAACGAAGACUUUGAGUCCUUGAGUCUCGGAGACAAGUUUCUGUAUACCAUGACUUUCGAGAUCCCGAACUUUGAGCAGCGACUCAAGUCUAUGUUAUUUAAAAGCAAAUACAAGGAACUUUUUUCAGAGUUCGACAGGGACGCCAAGUGUCUCCUGGAUGCUUCGUUAGAAGUGCGAAACAGUAAAAAGUUUUCUAGUUUGCUGGAGAUUAUUCUUUUGCUCGGAAACUACAUGAACUCGAGCAUAAAAUCCGUCGGGCCUGUGCACGGAUUUAAGCUGGAGUUUCUAACUAAAUUGUCCAACACCAAAACGGUAGACAACAGAGCAACUUUGCUAAACUUCUUAGCAGAGGUGAUCGACAAUAAUUUUCCUGAUAUCGCCAAUUGGUAUGAGGACUUGCCCAGCGUGGAAGCUGCAUCCAGAGCUGACGUUUCUGCUCUGGAGGCUCUUGAGCGAGAACUUAAACGAGGGCUAGACGCAGUGGAGAAGGAAUUGCCCACUCAGGAGAAGAGUCCUCCGGGAGAUAACUUUGCAUCGGUCAUGGGUGUCUUUCUCGCGGAAGCGCGCGAGCAGACAGAGAAGGCAUCGAGCAUAUUUGAAAACGGCAAGAAGAAAUUUUGUGAGCUGGUGACCUACUUUUGUGAAGAACCCAGUAAAACUCACUCGGAUGAAUUUUUUUCAAUUAUUAAAAGUUUUGUAGACUCGUACAAGGAUGCUCGCACUCAGAAUCGGGCUGUUAAGGAGAAAGCGGAGAGAGAGAAAAAGAAAGAAGCUGAACAGCUAGAUAGGAAGCGACGACAGGAAGAGAAGCGGCUUGCCAAGGAAAACGCUGUUAAGCAGGCCAGCCAAAAUGAUGGCGAGGGCGUCAUGGACAACUUGCUUUCCUCUUUACGUAGCGGCCACGCUUUUCAGAGAGUUGACGAUUCGAAGCGGCCAAAGAGAGCACGUGUUAAUAAGGAUAACUCUGCUGACCCUUCAUAAAUCCGUCUAAUAAACAAGCC